UCUCCAGAUGUCAGCACAAGUCUUCCAGAGGUGUUGAAGGAACUACGAGAGCAAGGUUUUCAGGUAGGAUGUAAGACUGAGGUUGAAUCAGUGUUUUUCAGCAGCGAAAUCACGGCAAAGCAGGCGACAGUCUGACAGCAGAUUCUGUUUAUCCUCAAUGAAACCCAGCUUGGAGUAUUUCAAGUGGGCUCGUCUAAAAAUAACUGGGUCACGCUGCAUUCCACCCGGCAGCCGUCAGGAGUACAGAGGAAUGGGGCUGAGGGUGGAGGGGGUCUUCAUGAAACAGCUGCCACCACCAACAACACCCACCCACCUGCCCAACAUCAACAUCACCCCCCCAACACACACACACACACUCCCAGUGACAGCGAUGGAUGGACUGAUGAGAGGACAACUCUGUCUCACAUUCUGACAAUGUUAUCCGCCUUGUAAGCAAUAAUCUGGAUUUUCCCCGGUUGUGAAAUGCAGCCCCUUUGGUGGCCACAGAACAUAAAAGGGACUCGUCUCUGCAGUUAGCAGAACGAGUCCUUGAGGUUUUACUGAAACGUCGUCUGCACAGUCUGAGAAGCUUCUGCAACAAUGAAGAUGCUUUUAGCAGGAAUUGUUUUAAUUUUUAUCGCUGGAUCUGAAGCUCAUUUGUACAAUUUUCCUGGUCAAGCUGUUCAAGGAGCUGGUGAUAUGUGGAGAGCCUAUCAGGACAUGUUAGAAGCCAAAUGGAAGAACGGUGAUAAAUACUUUCACGCCAGAGGAAACUAUGAAGCUGCGCAGAGAGGACCGGGAGGCGUGUGGGUUGCAGAGGUCAUCAGUGAUCUCAGAGAGUUGAUGCAGGGAUCGUUGUCGGGUCAGGGUCCUGAAGACGAAGCUGCCGAUCAGGCAGCAAAUCGCUGGGGACGAAGCGGAGGAGAUCCAAACCGCUACAGGCCAAAGGGACUUCCAGACAAAUACUGAGAAAUUAAAAAACUCCUGGUCUCAGCUGCAAUGUGUGGCAAAUUGAAAAAGGUAUUACUCUUCGUUCUUCCUUUUUCAGCUUAAAAGGAUCCAGGACUAGUUGAACAUGUUGGCCUAAAUAUGUUCCAAUUUUCCUAUUACCUAAAAAAUUGCUGUUUGUGAUGCACCAAAACUCAUAACUUCAAAAAUGUACAUCUUUUGUUACAUCUUUCAUCCAUGGAGGUCACCAUUUUUUCACCGAUGGGUUGAUGACGCGUUUUGGUCCAUUCUGUACUGGAGUCUACAGGGUAAACACAUUAAGGCUAAUUUUAUCCCAGUAGUUGUUUAUCAUAUUGCGUUUGACUGGUGUAAUUUUAGAUAAUGCCACAAGGUGCCACUAUCGGCUGUGAUAAAAAAAAGAGGCUAAUCUGGAUAAUUUUCCACAUAAAGAAAGCAGAGCGCAGUGAGAGCUGGAUUACAAGAUUAAUAUAUAGAAUUUAAUAGAUGUAAAGAAAUGUUGCUACACAGUCGUGACCAGCAGGUGGCGGUAUGCACCUUAAAGUUGCUUGCGAUCCGCCAUAAUAGAAAAGAAGAAGAAGAAGUGAGAGCCGGAGCGGAACACAACGAAGGACCUAAUCUGGACCCUGGACAUUUCUCCACAACACUUUGACUCAUUCAUACCAGUAAAACCAACGAAGGCUCUACAGGUGAUCGUCAUCUUAACGAGCUAAAAAUAAAUGCAGUGCUGCUGCUGAGACAAGAAGAGCUGGACGCUCUUUGAGAUGCUAACAGAAGCUAUACGGCGGCCUGCGGUACUCACAUCACCGACCUGACCGGACCGUGGAGGUUCGGUGUUGGUAGUAAAGUCCGGUAUCUGUCACCACACCAGGCUCUACACAGCACAGCUGAUGCCGAACCGGACACAACGCUACAGACGCUGGGAGAAACGUCAAAGACAAGCAGAGCUAACGGAGCUAUCACUACCGGAAAUGCUAAUGGAGCUGGAUCACCGUGCUAAAUGCGAAGCCUCUACCAACACCGAACAAAAUUCGGACCCUAAACCGCUGUUGCCUAACUGGACACAGAGCUAUAGAGGUACUUACAGGUAACAAAAUUUCACACAAGACCGGUUCAAAUUAAAAAGGCUUAAUAACGUCACUCAUCACUGGAGCCAGACAGUUGGACCAUUACGCAUCAUUUACCCAGAAUGCAUUGCAGCGUAAACAACAUGGCGACAUUCCUGUCAAAAUAUUUUAUUAAAAUUCAUAAAACCUAAAUAACCUACAAUAUUAUUACUGUAUUGUUUUUACACCUAAGAUAAAUAUUUCCCAAAAAGGUCUAUUUUUUUAAAAUAACUAAUCGCGGUUCCCCUUAAAAUGAAAUCCUAAUGUAUUCAGGACAGUUAGAUAUUUUACUUUUGGUUUAUAUAAACUUCACAACGGAAAAAAUAUUUUUGAUUUACUCUCUACCGCCCUCUGCCUGCCACACAGUUAUUUCACUUCUGCUGUCAUGUUAGAUCUUUGUUUUUGUGUUGUUUUCUGCUCAGAGAACUAUUUGUUUUCUGUUUUUCCUUGUAGUUUUUUAAAUCUUCUGUGUUCAUUCGCCUGUUGCUGCUGCUGAGCUUUUAGUCAUUUUCUUUGAGGAGUUUCUGUUCCUCUGUCAACUAACCCAUGUCUUUAUCAUCAAGUAAUUACUCUCCUUUCCACAGGGCUGUAAAAAGAAAUGUCUAUGUUUUGCUUUGCCUAAUUCUUAAAUAAAUACAUU